AUGUCUUUCCUGCUACACUCGCGUCCAUUGGGCAUCGGCCUCGGUCUCGGCGCAGCAUUCACAUCCUACUCUCUUCUCGCGCCCCGAAGAAACCUAUACGCUCUGUGCGAUUCCAGUGCUGCAUUCAACUCAUACACAAACAAUGCCAAGGUGCCGGUGGUGAACCGUAGAGGUGGUCUCAACCCCAAUGCCGUGCGUCAGAUUUCGAGUGGAAGUAUUGCUGGUGUGCUAGGUGGAAUGGCAGUAUCUCUCUUCUCUAAGCCAUUGACUCUGCUCAUUGGCCUCUUGAUCGUUGGUGUUCAGUUUGCAGAGUCUCAACUGGGCAUCAGUCUUAUUCCUUACGGUCGCAUGCAACGCUACUUUACCAGCAUUGAUUUGCGUUCGGCCAUGCAGGAUAACGUAGCCUUCAAGCUGGCCUUUGGCGCUACGUUUGCAUUGACUGGAUUUGCUCAGUUGUAA